GGGACAACAAGCAAGCCAAGCACCACCUCCGCCAUACGAAUAUAAAACAGAUACCACUUUUGAUACCUUUUCCAUACCAGAGAAGGUAAAACCAGAAUUUGAUGAUGCUAUUCUUGAUCACAAUGAACAAGUUUUUUCAUUCUUUGCUCUCGCACAUACACGAAUUCAAACAAAGGCUACAGAGUUGAAGCUGAGAGAUUUUGAUGAAUUGGUUCCGAAGGAAGAAUACUCUUUAUCAGACACAGAAUUUUUGUUUAAUAAUGUGGCUAUGGGACAAGCAAUGCUUGGUGGAAAUUAUGAAUGUAUGAAGGAUUGGAGUGGAGUUGAUUUGUUGGAAAAGAAAUUUUCGGCCAUGGAAAGAAGAAAAUUAGUGGAAGAUUUACGAUCAUGUGGAAAGGCAACUUUUGAUGGAAUUACAGAUCCAAAUUUGCAACAUCAUGCUAAUUCUAUUGAAGAUUAUAGACAUUUAUGUAACCAGAAGGAAUCAUUGCAAAAGUUUAAACAUUACUUAACUAUUCUAAAGGAUGACCAAAACGCUCAUCUUGAAGAUGCUUCAGAUCAAACCGAAAUAGAAUUUACCGAUAAAGACAGAAAUCAAAUGGAUGAAAUUGUUGAAAAGCUUAAACUGCAAAAAACACUGAAAACAGUCGUUGGAUAUGGAGAUAAUAUCGUUCUAUUACCACCAUCUUUCCAUGUUUUGGCAAUGCAAUUAAUGACUGUACACUGUAAAAGAUACAUUUUAGAUUGUCUACAAAAGACUAACAAUUCGGUUAUAAUGGCAAAAAAGAUGUGUACCGAUUCAAUAGUGAUGGAUUCGUAUUUUGAUAGCAAAAAUAUGGCCUCUGAUCUUACAUGUUCAACCUCUGCAUAUAAGGUAUUAAAUACACUGGAUCUUGUUGCAACAUUUCCAUACACAACCAAAGGAAAGAUCAUUCUUGGAAGUGGUUUGACAGUAACAGCCAAGUACGUCUUCUCCCCAACAUCAAAUAGUCAAUAUCAACACACAACAUCUGUUUUAAUCAAUGAUAUUUUCAUAAUGAAUCUUCCAUUACCAACCUAUUCCUUUUGUAACGGAUCAACCUUUAGUUUAGAUUUGAAUAGUCAAGCAAUUACAUCUUAUUUGAAUUUAAGUGAUAUCAAUACUUUCAAAAUUACAACACGAAAUGCAAAUCCAACAGUUUCACUCUUUAUGACUCAAGUCAAGUUGGGUUUUUGCUAUGUUACAAAUGACACAACAAUUGUUGAUUUGGUGUUAGCAUCAAAUAGCAGUUCAAUUAAUUUUCUUACUCCUUCUUCAUAUAAUCAAGUCAAAUCUGAACCAUUCAAUGGACUUUUUGUAAAUAAUAUGACAGAUUCUGCCAAUAUUCCAAUUGUAGUCAAUAAUAAGGCCAUUGAUCCAGCUGUCAAUAUCACUAUUACCAUAAGUUCUUCAAUAUUAUCAAUAUCACUAGUUUCAUUGCAGAGUAUAAGAAAGAUUUCUUCUUCCAACAUAGUGGACAUUUAUCCUGAAAUUGAGAAUAGCACAGUAUCAUCCUCAAAGAUGACAUUCACACUUUAUAAUGUCAAUUUAUCAUAUUUGGAAACAUUGACAUUUGAUGUAAAUUUCAAAUUGAAUGGAUCGAAAAGUGAGACAUCUGUUUCCUCUUCCAUUGACAUAUCAGUUGAUUCAUCGAAUGAUUUUGUUGAGGAAAUGAAUUCAUCAGAUAAUUCAAAAUCGUUUUCAUAUUCAAUUUUCCAAACCAAGCAAGUUUCAACCAAUUCAGAAAUAAGCUCAAAUCCAUCCAUGGUUGUGAAGAGUCAAGUUUCAGAUUUGUCGUAUUUCAUUCAUGAAGCACAAAGCCCAUUCAAUUCAAACAAUUGUUGGCUUCAAGUGAACUUGAUUGCAUCUAGUGCAUUUUCUGGAAGUUUAUUCAUUCUCUCCAACAAGACAAUGGAACAAAAAAAGAUUUCGUUCAUUGACAAAGAUUUUAUUGGGUCUCGAUUAUUCUUGGUUGUUCCAUCAGAGCAAUUAGACUGCACAGGAUCGAGUAACACAGCCAUUUAUUUGAGAGUUGAAGCAACCUCUGCCACAUUCAGAUUGUACUUGUCACGAAAGUUUUAUUCAACAUUGAGUGAUGACAGCUUGACAAUCAAUUCAAUUUUUACAGAAAAGAAUGAAAUAGGUGAAGCAUUUGGACUGACCAUUUCAACAAUUAACAAAUUGGAAUCCAUUCCAUUGUUGACAAAUUUGACCUUUGUCAAUGAUGAUUCAAGUACAGACAAAUUUAUUGCGUUUAACACUUUAAAAUCACCAAGCAUUGAGUUAAUGAGUCAAAUGAAGGGAUCUUCUGUCCCAAAGAAUCAAUUUCCGAAUGCUCAACUUUCUUCCAAGAAUUUUCUUUAUUUUUUUGAGACAAGAUGUCAAUUGUGCACUGUUAAUUUGACUCUUUCUUAUCCUACUUUAUUUUCAAAUCCAUCCACUAUUUCUUUAAAAGUAGCAGGGUCUCAAAAUCAAGCAAAAGCAUCUGUAUCUAAUGGAGUCCACUGGUUAUUCCUUGACACUAGUAAGGUAACUUCUGACACUGUAAGGUUAUUUGUUAGGGCAACUGUUAAAGGUUUACCAAGAUAUAAUCAACCUUCAAAACUAUCUCUUAUUGGUACUCAGGAUUUUAUUGAUAAUUCAUUGAAUUCUAAUGGAGCAACCAGAACAAUUCAAUCUAACGAACUUUACAAUCAAACUUUGAACUGUAACUCUUCAAACAUUGCUUCUCCGUACGAGGCACAGAUUUCACUUCUCACCCCAACAACAGGAAUCAAGGGAAACAUUUGGAAAUUUGGAUUGUUUAUUGAUCCAUCUCUCCAAUAUUCUCAAAUUACAUUUUAUUAUUAUGCUGCAAACUAUACCAAUAAUGUAUUUGGAACUAAUGCUAAAAAUUACUUAUCAACAUUGUCUGGUGAUUUCUAUUAUACCCUCAAUGUUGAUAGAACCUACCUUAUCUCUAGCGAUUUAACUAUUAAUUUGGAUAGUAGGUUGGGAAUAUUUGAUAGAUCAUAUGAGGUUUAUGCUAAAAUUGGCCAAAAACCAACCACAACAGAUUAUGAUAUGAAAAUAUCUGACCUAUCCUUUAAAAAUUCUUCGAAAGUCUAUUCUUUGAGGUAUUCUUUUUCAAACACAGGAACAUUUUCAUUGCAAGAAUCCAACUUUCGUCUAAUUUCACCUUCGAAAUUGGACAUGAUAGGACAGCAAAUCUAUCUCUUCUUUAGAGAAAUUCCUGGCUCUAUUGUUACGAAUGCAUAUUCUUGCUAUUUAAGUUCAAACAUCUAUUUCGAACACAGCUAUACUCCCACUGUUAGAUAUAAUUCAGAGUCAGCUAUUGACUUGAAAUAUCCUAAUCUCUAUCUGAAUGCAAGUAGUUUGAACAUUUCACAAUCCACUAUUGAUAAGUAUAUUAAUGUAGAAUUCACAACUAGUUACGCAAUCCCAAAUGACGAAAACGUCUUCUUGGUCGAUUGGACUACUAGUGAACUAAUUCCAAUGAACAAGACCCUCUUCAAUUAUUACGAUGUAACCUAUUACAAUUACAAGUAUCAACAAUCCUUCACCAAGUUGAAUGCUAGAAUGAAAAUUACACAAGAGAUGGUCGACAGUAAGACUUUCCUAUUCUUUAGUAUGAUUUUCCCAUCAACCACCAAUUCUAAAUACACCUCUAAUUAUGCCUACGUUUUUGUGGAAGAGGAUGCUCAAGUGCAACCUGAAACUCUUCCAAUUCUGAUUACCUUGGGUGUAAUGGGAGGUUUAUUCAUUGUAUCAGUUCUUUAUUUAGUACUUUGUUUAUUCUUGAUCUAUAAUGGAGCACUUAAAGAUCCAUCUAUCAGUGCCAAUUAUGAUGCCUCGUUGAAUGCAUUCAAGAAAGGAUCAGGAAUGACAGUAUUUUAUGAUUUAGUAUUAUUGCUUGGUCCAGCACUUUCCAGUAUAUUGGAAAAGUUAACCAAAAAGAAAGUCCAUACGAUAGUGUCCAACCUAAUUCUUGGAUUUGUUUGUUUAUUCUGUAGUGUUGCAUUCUAUGUUGGAUUGCUCAUUUCUAUGGGAGUGGGAAUAGCAACACUAUCAAAUACCGAAAGUGACAUUAUUCCAAAUGGCGCUCAAUUGGGAAAUGCUACUUAUUAUACCUGCUGUAAAUAUAGAGCACCUAGUUCCAUAACUACCUAUGCCACUAUAAUGGAUACACAAGAUAGAACCCUUUCAUGCAUUAAGUACUCUUCCAGUUCGACUUAUCCAUCUAAUAUGACAAUUAAUGGUGUGUUAUAUCAACCAAGUAUCACAAAGAACAAUUUUACAAUGGGAUCCAUUGCAACAGCCAAGUUAAGAUGCCCAAAUUCUGAAAUAAUCUUCUUGAAUACCAGCUUUGAUCAGAUUCAAGCAUUGGGUAUUUCAGGAUUAGUUCUUGGAACUAUUUUCCUAUUCCUGACAGUUCUUUUCCUUGGAACUGCACUUGCUGACUAUUUAAUUAAGAAAUCAGUGAAUGAUCAGUGGAUUUUCAAAUCCAUUUUCGCUACCAAAUCAGCAAGACAGCACCAUAAUAUAACAACUCAUUCCAACGCAUCUACUGCACCUCAUUCAGAUACAGAUAGUGAAGAAAAUAGACGAAACCACACCAUUCAAGUUGAUAAUUCUGUUUCAAGAAUGCAAGAAGAGAACCUCAGAAGAGAAAGAGAAGCAAUGGAAAGAAUAGACAGAGAGGAACGCUUAAGAAGAGAACGAGAGGCCAGAAAUCAAUUAUUCGCAACCAACACAUCCUCAACAAUUCCUCCUGUUCCUCCAAUCACCAGCAGUAGCACUAUUAACAUUCCACCAGAUGUGAAACUUCCACCACCAAAACCAAAUCAAGCUACUCAUGUCGAAAUGACAGAAUUCAGUAAUAACUCAACAACAUCAGCAACCAAUAAUAAUCAACAACCAAGCGCACCUCCAGUAUCGAAUGAGGAAAAUCAUAGUAAUAUUUUGAUUUAUGAUAAUUCGUCUGACACAAGAAAUUAUCAUGUGAAUCCAACAUCAUCAGUUUACAAUCCAUACGAAAACUCUGAAGAUAUUGUUGUUGUUUAUCAAAGAUCAGAUCAAAAAAAUCCACAAUCUCAAUAAAAUUACACUGUUAAGGAUUUAGAC